AUGGCCGUGUGGGAGGCUGAAGAGCUGAGUCUCCAUCACAAGGAGCCGCUCACGCCGCACGCCCUCACUGGGGACGGGCACACAGACCCCCACGGCCAGCCCCUCGGAGUCCAGCUGUGCUGCCCCGCCUGCCAGGCCACCUGCGGCUCCAGGGAGGCCUUCAAAAACUGCUGCUCCUCCCUGGAGCAUACACAGAUGCUGGCCUUAGACAUGACAGUGCCCUGGAAGCGCCGCAGCCUGCCUGCUGGGCUUUCCACGCUGGAGCUCUGCCCGAGGCCCAACCUCUGUGAGUUCGGGGACGUGUGUGCCAAGGCGCAUUCAGAACAGGAGCUGCAGGAGUGGACCCAGCGCACCGGGACCGUGGCGCUGCGGGAGCACACAGCCUGGCGGGAGGGGCUGGUGCCUUACCAGGCCCGGCCGCUGGCCGAAUACCAGCAGAGCCGCAGUGAGGUCCUUGUGCUGGCUGAGACCGCUGAAGGCGUAUCUAUGCACUGCAACCAGCCCCUGGCGCAUCAGGCCCAGGAGAAGCAAACUUAGCACGCCUGGACCUUCACUAUCCACUCUGAGGCACCCCUGCUACACGUGGCCCUGCUCAAGCAGGCGCCGAGAGCAGACUUCUCAGUGGUGGCCCCCAGCCCCUCUCCGGGCCAGGUCUUCAUGCUGGGGAAUUGCUUCUGCACGCCCGGCUCCCCAGCCCAGUUCCGGGUUGGGGUGUGUGUGCAGAGCUCUUGCUUCGGCACCGUCCAGCAAUGGGUGGUCUUCCACUUCUGCCACUGGGCAGUGCUGCUGAGGAAGCUGGAGCUGCAGCUGGGCCAGAGGGGCUGGCACGUUGGCAACUGCCACGUGGAGAGGACGGCCAAGCAGGCAGCCCUGAUGGCCAAGUACAAGGUGCCUGCUCUGGGCCUCGAGCUCUGUCCUGGCGGCCGACCUGGGCCCAUCUCCGCCGCCAGCUAUCGGCAGAGGCUGCACCAGUGUCUCCACGAGGAGGAGGCGGCUCUGAGCAACUGGUGGCCAAGUGGGCCGGUAUCCCUGAAGACGGCGCUGGAGACGCCAGCCCUGCAUAUCCUCUUCCCGCCACCAGGAGCGCUGUACACGCAGGUGCCCAUCCUCUCCCUGGUGCCAGACGCGGACAAGGGCUUUCUGCUGGGCUGAGCGGUCAGCACAGCCCUCGUGGCCCCCAUGCCUCCACCUGACCUCAGGGUGCUUGAGGCGCCCGUGGAGACCCGGGCCAGCUCGGAGCAGACGCUGUGGCUGCUGCCGCCCACCCACUACUGCGCAUCCCUGGGGCUGCAGCCCGAGACCAGGCGGAUCUUAGAAGUGUAGUCCCAGAUGGACGCGCUGGCCUCCCCCACUGGCACCGGGCCGUUGCCCUGUGCCCUGCCCUCUGCCCCUUCUACCCGCCCUGCCAGGCAACAGCAGCCCAUCGCCCCGCUACUGCUCUGCGGCCCCUUUGGCACGGGCAGGACCUACACACUGGCCACGGCCUCCCUGGAGGUCGCCCGCCAGCCCCACACCAAGGUGCUCAUCUGUACGCGCACCAACAGCUGCUCAGGCUUAGAGUCUCCCCGUCUCUGCCCGGGGCUGAGUCCCAGCAGGCCUGGGGGCCCAGGGGCCCGAGUGGGGCAGGGCUCCGGCAUGUCCUCCGGGUCAGACAUCUAUAUUGCCUAGCAUUUCCACAGCCGUGUCAGCAGCCGUCACCCCAAGGCCACUCCACUCUGGGUGAUGGACACGGGCUGUCCACUGAGCCAGACAGACGCGGCCACGCUGCGCUACCGUUGCCUGACCAAGGACUGCCGGGCCUUCCGCGUGCCGACGUGGGCUGAGCUGGAGCGACACCGCAUCGUGGUCGCCACCGCGUCCCAGGCCCUCAAGCUCAGGGUGCCCGCCAGCGUCUUCUCCGACAUCCUCAUCGACGGGGCCACCCAGAUGCUGGAGUGGGAGACGCUCACCCCGCUACGCUGCGCCACGCCCGGCAUCUGCCUGGUCCUGGUGGGGGACCCCAUGCAGGUCGCGCCCAGGCUCUCCCGCUCUCCCGCGCGGCGGGGGCCCACGCUGCUGCUCCGCCUGGCCCAGCACUGCCGGGAGGAGGCGCACACGGCUGCCGAGAGGGGCCACGUCACUUUGCACGGGAACUACCGCUGCACCGACGUCAUCGUCAGCUUUGUCUCCCGCCAUGUCUACGUGGCCGGGGGCAGCCCCAUCCACGCCAGUGGCAAGGUCCUACACCACCCCCAGCACUAACCUCUCACCUUCUGCCACGUGGCGGGCAGCCCGGAGCACGACAUGUCUACGACAACUUGGCUGAGCACGGCCGAGGUCGUGCAGGUCGUUGAGAAGGUGCAGGAGGUCUGUGACACCUGGCUCCACUGCUGGGGCCCCCAGGAGCAGAGGGAUUGCGCUGUGUCCCACGGUGCUCAGGUUAGCACGCUGAGGCAGGAGCUGAGGAAGAGGAACCUGGGCCAGGUCUCUGUGUGCAGCUUGGAGAUCCUGCCAGGGCACCCACCCUUCUGGGUGGUGGUGCCGACCAUGGUACACACCCACCGGAGCCUGCUGAGCCUGGGGGCACCUGCCCUGGAGUUCUUCACGGACGCUCACAUGCUCAACAGCGUCAUGAUCCAUGCCCAGUCCCAGGUGGUGGCCGUGGGUGACGCCAUGGCCCUCUGCUCCCUCGGGGCCUGCAGCCAGCUCUGGACGAGCUUCCUCGGUGCGUGCGUAGAGCAUCGCAGCGUCCGCCCUGGGGGCCUGUCUCUGGGGCAGAUGGAGCAGAGCCUGGUCCAGAGGCAGCGCUGGGCCAACGAGCAGAGAGUGGGGGAGCCCGAGGAUCCUGAGGACUUCUGGCCUUCCGAGGGGGAGCCCUGCGCCGACAGCUCCACCCUGCAGGAGCUCCUGGAUGGGACCCGGAGUGUGACCGUGGCCGUCUGGGAGGACGGGCUGCUGGACACCUUCGCCAGGCCCUUGUCCCCCUGGCCGACGCAGCAGUAUGCACCGCACGCGGUGCAGCAGGACACCUUCGAGCGGGGGACCGCCAUCCCACCGGGCGAUGAGCACCACGGCCCCAUCCAGGUCAAGGGCCGCCUGCACCACGGGAUGGCCUUCGCGGGGGACGAGGUGCAGGUGAAGGUCCUCAGUGAGGAUUUCACAGUGCCACUGGUCCACGUGGUGAGCGUGCUCCGGAGGGGCUGCCACCAGCUGGCCUUUGUGUGCUGCGUGGACGAGUGGGACCCCGCGUCGUGACCCCCAGCGAUGUCUGUGACCAGGACCUUUGUGCCUGGCCUGAAGGACCCGCUGCGGGUGCCCGUCUACCGCCUCCUGCAGGGCCGUGUGCAGCACGUGGGGUAGGAGCAGCUCUCGGCGGAGGCCCGGCGCUGCUGGCUCUUCUGAGCGCGCGUAGGCCUGUGGCGGCAGUGAUUCUACCCGCUGGGCGGCGUCCUGAAGGUGCUGCCCGAGGCCACCACCUGGGAGCAGAGUCUCCGAAUUCCAGAGCUGGAACAUGGGCUGAAGUGGGGAGCCUCUUCCGACCCAGGGGCGAGGGGCACUCGGUGGGGGCCUCCACGGACCCUCCCCCCACUGGCAGGAGACCAGCUCCUCCCACACUGCUGCUGCCCGCUCUGGAGCGGACACCUGGACACCUGUGAGGCCCAGCGCAGCCUGUGGCUGGCGCCCUGCAAGGGGAACCAGAUGACAAGACCCCUGCGGGGGUUCAGGGCUGUGAUGGAGGUGCCCCAGGUGGCUGUCAUGUGCUCCACCCAGAUUUCUGCAGCCCCCUCACACCCUCAGGCCUGCUCCCAGUGGCUGGCGCCCUGCAAGGGGAACCAGAUGACAAGACCCCUGCGGGGGUUCAGGGCUGUGAUGGAGGUGCCCCAGGUGGCUGUCAUGUGCUCCACCCAGAUUUCUGCAGCCCCCUCACACCCUCAGGCCUGCUCCCAGGUGCCUGCUGUCCUAGUGACCAUCACGGUGUGCGUAGACACCAAUGACUGCAUCGCCUUCAGGAAGUGA